AUGCCCCAGAGGCUGUGGGAGAAGCUGUGGGAGGAGUUGGGGUUCGGCUCGAGCCGCGGCGUCGUCGGCGAGCAGCCUGUGCCGAGCGAGAGCGGUCUUGCUCCCGAUUCGUGGACGCCGCUCGAACUGGAGCCAUGGGUGGCGCUCUCGCUGGCCGCCGAGCCCUCGGUCGCGGACGCUGGCUUCGCUCCGGCCUACGCCUUCGGCCCCUCGGGCCGCGCGGUCACGACGGAGGUGCAGCGCAUUGGCGGUGGCGACGGCCUGGACAUCUGCUGCUGCCGAGUGAGUCGGCGGCAGCGGCUGCAGCCCUGCGGUUGCGCCCGCCCGGGGAGGCUGCGGCGCGCCGGGGGCGCCGCCUCGCUCGUGGAGGCGAGUGCGUGUGCGGUGGGCGGGCGAGGCCGGCGGCAGCGCAGGGGCCACCCGUGCCCCCUGCGCCAGAGGUCGGGGCGAGUCGGGCGUCUCCCCCCUCCUGGGUCCCACGUGCUCUUCCUGCUGCUCCUGGCGAGGGCUGCCGGCUUCGGGUGUGCUGCCGGCGACGAUCGUGGAGGGCGUCUGUCUAUAGGCUUCGGCUACGUCGGUUUCGAUUCCGACGAUUGUGCUGAAUCGGAAACCUCUGGGCUAAUUACGCUGGAUAUCGGACUAACCUGUUAA